AUGGGCACCGUGGAGCCCGAAGAGUUUUGCAGCCGCGAGAGAGAAAAUGGUUAUUCCGCAGCCAUCGAGGCAAUCACCAGCCAGCACGUGCCCCAGCACGUGACCCAGCACGUGAUAGAGCAGGCAGAGCAGAAGACGGACACAAAGUCCAAGGACACAACGUCCAAGAAGCCGUUACCCGGCUGCACUAUACAGGGGUUCUUGGUUGCGGUUGCUAUAUAG